AUGGCGACAACGCCCGUCGAACUCCCUUCAACCAUCAGCACACUUCCCACGCGCCAGAAGCCGAUUCCGUACACCUUCGCCAACGGCCGGCGCACCCCGCUCUCCUCUAUUCUCCCACCCCUCGUCUUCGGAACUGCCACAUUCAACCACCAAUACAAUAGCGACCCUUUCGCGCUCGACACAACCGGUCUUGUGACCUCAGCGCUCACACACGGCAUUCGCGCCUUCGAUACCUCGCCAUACUACGGCCCCUCCGAACAACUCCUCGGCGAUGCGCUCGCGACACCAUUCGUCCGGGAGACGUUCCCGCGGAACUCAUACAUGAUCUUGACCAAGGUCGGGCGGAUAGCCAGUGAAGAGUUCGACUAUAGCAAAGAAUGGGUGCGCCAGAGCAUCAACAGGAGUCUGGAGAGACUACACACCGAAUACUUGGACCUGGUAUACUGCCACGACGUCGAGUUCGUGAGCCCGGCGGAGGUUUUGGAAGCAGUGAAGGAGCUACGCCGCCUCCGGGACGAAGAGGGCACGAUCCGGUAUAUCGGCAUCUCAGGAUACCCUCUCGAUGUGCUGGGCGACAUGGCUGAGCUCAUCCUCCGUGAGACGGGCGAGCCGCUUGAUGCGGUACAGUCGUACGCCAACUUCACACUCCAAAACCAGACGCUGGCCGGUCCGCGCGGGAUCUUGCGCCUCAAGAACGCAGGUGUCGACGUCGUACCGAAUGCCUCGAUUCUGGGCAUGGGCCUCUUGCGCCGCGAAGGAGUGCCCGUCGGCGCGCUCGGUGACUUCCAUCCCGCACACUCUUCCCUCCGCGAGGCAGUGCGCAAAGCAAGCGACUUCUGCGACGACUACGGCGAGCGACUCGAAGUCAUCGCCAUCCGCUUCGCGCUCGAGACAUGGAUAUCCUCUGGCGCACUGUGCGGAUCCCGCGGAGAUCCCGCAUCAGGCGUGCCUUGGAAACAUGAGUCUAUCGACGAUGUUGGUGGCUCUAAGUUGGGUGUCAGCGUCAUCGGCGUAUCUCGCGCUUCGGAGCUGGAGAAGACCAUGCUUGUGUGGCGAUCUAUUCUCGAUGGGUUGGAAGGAGGCAAAGAGACUGCUGUUAAAGCAGGUCGCUGGUAUCGUGCAUGGGAGUGGAGUAUCAACCGUAAGAGGGCAGUGCAGAUCCUUGCUGAGGGUGUGCAGGAGGUGCUUGGUGAUGGCUUUGGCUACGCGUGGGCGAGUCCUGAUCCGGGAUUCGUGAACAAGAGGAAGAAGGGUGCAAAGAAGGCGACGCACAGCGAUGCACCUGCACCCUGGUUAACGCCCGCUGCGAGUCCCGAGGCGGAGCCUGUGAAAGACACAAGUGAGGUUGCGGAAGAGAAGUCUUUGCCGCUGCGGUAA